AUGGCGACGGCUCUGUUGAGGUGUAUACUGGCAUUUCUUUUGGUGAUUUCCACGAGAGCUGAUGAAAUUGAAUUGGAGGCGACCAGCGGUAUUGUCUUGAAGAUGCUUAGGGAAAUGGCGAACCAAACAAGUGCAGACACGAUGAACCUACCAGCUAACGCGACAUCUAUUAGGGAGAAUAUUACGGACACAUUCAGUUGUGAGAACCGUGUCUACGGCUAUUAUGCUGACGUAGACAAUGACUGUCAGAUCUUCCACGUGUGUCUUCCUUCGCAGACUCCAUCUGGUAGAAACGUCACUUACCGCUGGAGUUUCAUUUGUCCAGCCGAAACAGUCUUUAACCAGGAAGUUCUAGUCUGUACCAGAGACAGAGAUUCUAUCCCAUGUGAAGAUUCUCCAGCUUAUUACGACCUCAACAUGGAAAUAGGCAAGAUAGCUGAUAACAAGGAACAGGUUGAAACCACCAAUCAAAUGGAAUCCAACAAUCAAGUACAGACAAGUCAAAACAAAAACGAGCAAAAAGAAACUGAAAAUGUGCCAGUUCAAAACCAAAAACGCUUUCCCAGCCGAAAGAAACAGAACAUGGUUGAAAAGCUGGUAGAAGAGGCAGUGGAAGAAAUGAAUCAAAAGGAGGAUUUAGUUAGUGAUAUAGAUGGAAUCUAUGAAGAGAAUAUGACUGAUGGAACUAUCAACGUGGAUCCCCAACCAGAAGUACUAGAAACUACCAUUCCAGAGACAGUAGAAAAUAUAGAAGAUUCUAGACUGGGUUCAGAGAGGAGAUUAAGAACGGGAAGACAUGGUUGGAGAGGUUCCUUUAGUGUUAUCUCUUCUGACAAUAGUGACGAAAGAUAUAUUGAUUCAUUAAAUGACGAUGAGAAAAGAGAAUUUUUGGAGAAAAUAGCAAGGCGAAUUCUCGAGGAUUACCAAGACCACAAUAUUCCAAUUCGUGAAUCUCAUGUUAAUAUUUCAGACGACGAUUUGAAUGCACAUACUUCUUAUGUUCAAGGGAUAUUAAAAGAGGAAAGGAAUAAACAGAUUGAAAGAAGAGACAAUCAAGAUGAAACCAAAAAAAAUCAAGCCAACAAUCGAGAAAGUAAUGAGAACGAUAAAUUUAUUGAUCUCACUAUGAGAACGCAGAAACGUGAUAAAAGAAGGAAUGUUCAACAUGACAGUAAGAUCCAUAACGUUAGUAUUAUACCAGUUGAUCCUGUAUAUGAUGGCAUGUAUGAUACAAUUUCAAAGACUCAAGUAAACAAAUCGAUUGAGGGAGAUGGUCUAUUCAGGAAUAAUGCCAACAAAAGUAAAAAAAUAAAACAUGUAACAGAGGUUAAUAACAAUCUAGGUUCGUCUCAAAACUUACAGAACUUUUUUGUUUAUGAUGAUAGUAGCGAAAAUAAGGGUAUAAAGUCAACGGUUAUUAAUUUUGAUACAACUUCAAAUAAAAACGAAGAAUCCGUGCGAGAAGUUUCAAAUUACGAAAGAAAACAUGUAGUCGUAAAGACAACUACGCCCUCUAAAAAAAUUACUUUUAAUGAUAAUAAAUUACAUUUUCGUAAAGAAAGUAAUGAAAGUGAUGCUGCCUUUCAAAAAAUUAAUACCACGGAAAUCGUAGAACUAACUUCUGCAGGAAGUACAUCAACGAUUAUCGACUAUCCAAAAACGGAAGCGGCAACUGUGUUUAGUACUGUUAAAACUACCAGUGAUUUUGAUAUCUCAACAGAGGCUUUUGCAACUUUGAAAGAAAACGGUGUUUUACAAGUAAUAAAAAAUAACCCAGAACUUGUUAGAAGCAAAAAUGUUUUAGAUAACCACGCAUCCAUGGUAUUAAAAGCUUCUAAUAAAACAAGCGUACCCUCUUUAAUGGCAACAAAUACCACACAAGAUAAUCAAAUAUUAACAAAAUCUUUAACUUCAUUGAAUACAAAAAGCUCUGAUCAACAAAAUACUACUACUACUACAGAGAUAGUCUCCGUACAUAUUUCUACUGACCAUAAAAACAUAAUAAAGAGUGAAAUAAAAAAGCAUAACGAUAUACAAGGCGCUAGAAAGAAAAACCUUCAACAGUUGGUUAUAUCUGAAAAAACUAUUUUGAAGGACUUUCAAACUAUAGAAAGUUUAGAAACUGCAUCUAAAGAAAAUAAGUCCAUUUAUUACAUAUAUGAAGUUUCAGCGGAACGUCCGCCAUUUAUACCAAAAAACGUUCAGGAACAACCGCAUUAUGCUCCUGUAUAUAAUUACUCUCCUGAGUUUGCUAAUUAUAAUCCACAUAACCGUUUUGGACACGACGGUGCUGCCAAAAGCAAAGAAGAUGAAAUCACGUUAAAUGAUUUAAAGAAAUUCAUUAAAAAUAUUCAAAGGAGAGCUAGAUUUAAAACCCCAAAUACUUUAUUAAUUAAUCCAUACAAAUUACAACUUUACAACGUGUUGAAACAUAAAAAUCAAUAUAACAUAUUUGAUCCAGAACCAGUUGUGCCAAACAACGAGAAUUACAAUCCCAACGAUUACAUAGACAUGGAUUAUUUCUUCGGAAGAAAGGACGAUCAAAUUAUGAGAAAGGGACAAAGGCACAACAAGCAUAGAAAUAAAAUAUUCCCUGAUACACACGAAAAUGAUCAUCCCUAUGUUAAAUAUUCCAAGGGCAGAGUAAAAGAUCAUCUCAGAGCAGUAAGGAAACUACUCUUCUCCAAACAGAGGUUUGGUUACAUACCGUCAAUAGACGAGAAACGUAGAAAUAAAGAUAAACUAAGACACAGGGUUUAUGAGUUAGAUGAAGUUGUCGACGGCAACAAAGACAAAGAUGAUAUAGCUAUUGAUUAUUAUUUUGGAAGACAAAAUUCGCAGGAAGUGGAUUUAGGAAAAAACAUCAAGUAUUUUAACAAUUUUCAAUACUUGGGUUCAAUAACACCUAUUCCUAUUGAAAGAGGUCAUAAAGACAAGAGUGAAUUCAAGGAUGGGAAAGAUUUUGAGAAUCAUAAAGAGGAGAAGAAAGAAGUGGUUAAUGGAUUAGAAGUCACAAUAACCGUUUUAAGAGACUUUAUAAGAAUGGAUAAUGAAGCGUUAGUUAAUUACGAUUGGCUGGCAACGGCCGUCGAUAUACGAUCGGCUAUAGAAAAAUUAAAUGACUUAACUUUACAGUUGAAAAUAGGUGAACACGUACAUCCUUCAGACUUCGAACUUCUAAAAUAUAUCGUGUAUUUGUAUAAAUCCUCACAAUUCAAUUUAAACUCUACCUUAAAUAUUGAAUUGCUACAAAGUACUUUAAGUGAGUUAAGGAAGAAUAGAAAGAAGAGUAUGGUACCCAAAAUUAUAAAGAAGCAGAAAGGUUUUAGAUCUGCUAUAAAAAUGUGGAAGGAUUUUGCGACGUACUUGAGGAGUCUGGUGAACAACAAAAGGGAAACGUUGGAACAAUUCAAGAGUUUUUUGGCUGAAGUGGAUUACCAGUUGAACGAUCUUCACGAAGCAAUUAAGCACAUUGCCAUGACAACGACCUACAAUUCUCAAUCGCACACGGACUUCAAAGAUGUAUACUUAAAGAAGGCAGAUAGACGGAAGCUACUCCAAGUUCUUCUACAUUUGAGUCUUUCAAGACUUUUAGGUCUUAUAGAAGACAGCUCCAAAAACGGAUUAGAAGAUAACUUCUCAAAUUACCUGCGCAAGAACAGAAGAGAGGUACAGAAGGCUAAAACAGAGUUUAGGUUCGUGCUGAGAUUGUUACAAGAGUUGAAGAAAAUAAAUUAG